AUGAAUAUGAUGAGAGUGUGGGGGGGAGGGGUGUAUGAGUCCGACCUGUUCUACCAGUUGGCCGAUGAGUACGGGAUUAUGAUUUGGCAGGACUUCAUGUUUGCCUGUGAAUUAUCUCCGGCUACUCCUGAGUUCUUGGAUUCUGUGAAGACUGAAGCCAUACAACAAGUUAGGCGUCUUCAACACCACCCAUCCAUUGCCAUUUGGGCCGGUAAUAAUGAGAAUGAAUUGUUCAUUGCCGUCUGGUGGCACGACAGGCCAGAGUAUUACCCUAAUUAUCGGAAACUAUAUGUCGACACAAUAGGAAAGGUAGUAUCGGUUGAAGAUACUACCCGCCCAUUUGUGACUUCAAGUCCUUCAAAUGGAUUGGAAAGCAUUAAAGAGAACUAUACUGCCAAAGACCCGAAUGAUAAUCGUUACGGUGAUGUCCACUGGUAUAAUGACAACUCCUCCCUAUGGGACUGGACUACAUAUCCGAGCACUAAAUUUGGCUCAGAGUAUGGCUUUCAGUCCUAUCCAUCAAUUGAGACUCUGUUGGAAGGAUUUGAAGAGUCAGACUUGACGUUCCCAUUGACACCUGCCGUACAGCACCACCAGCACAAGGGGUCCUAUGAGGACGCCUUAAUACUUCAACACAUUUGUAGAGAUUUCCAAUUAUCUGAGACUUCCAUCGAAGGGAGGAAUCGAUAG